GGCUGGUAGCCGACCUCACAACCCCUUGGUUUCUUCCACAGAUCCCCCCCACCUUUCGACCACCCCCAACCCAGUCGCCAUCCUUCGCAUCUCCUUCCCUCGAUACCCAUGUCAAUCCAAGGCCAGCUUCUCGAGGUCACAGUGGUCGGAUGCAGCAAGUUGAAGGAUACCGAGUGGAUAUCCCGGCAGGAUCCCUACGUCUGCCUCGAAUACGCCACGACCAAGUUCCGCACCAGGACCUGCACAGAUGGAGGCAGGAACCCUUGCUUUCAGGAGAAGACGACCAUCCCCCUCAUCGAAGGCCUCCGCGAGAUCACCGUCGGCGUCUGGAACAGCAACACCCUCACCUUCGAUGAUUUCAUCGGCAGCGGCAGGGUCCAGCUGCAGAAGGUCCUCUCCGAAGGCUACGACGACUCCUCUUGGUCGCUCCAGUCUAAAUCCGGAAAGUUUGCCGGUGAAGUAAAGCUGAUCAUGCAUUAUGCAAAUGCAGGCAAAGCACAAAAACCUUGGAAGGCCGAAGCUCCGACGAGCUAUGGACAAACAGCUCCGGCGUACAAUCCGGCAGCUCGAUAUGCUCCUUCCUAUCCUCCGAUCGGAGGAUACCCUGCUGCGAGCCCUUAUACGGCAGCAUAUCCUCCAUCGCUGUACCCAUCACCAGCUAAUCCUGCUCCUUAUCAAACAGCAGCAUACCCUCCCCCACCAAUGCAGCCCCAAGCCUACCCAACUACUGCAUAUCCACACACCCAAGCAUACCCACAAGCCACCUACCCAUCUCAGCCAUAUCCCCCUCCACCCUCUUAUCCACCAGCACCUUACCCAGGGGUUUAUCCUCCACCACCAUAUUAAUGGGAGAAGGAAUGCGGUUGCUACUGAGAGUCCAGUGUUGGUAGCUCAUAUGUGCAGUACAUGCUACUGUGGUUGUGGCUUUUUUUUGUUCUUCUGUUGCAAAAAUGCUUGCUGGAAAGUUAAAAACUGGUUCAGAAUUGCUGCUAUCAAGAAGCAAUGAUGUUACAAGUAGUUUGUGGAAAUGCAUGAGAUUCCUUUUUUCCUAGCAAGGGCAGAGACUAUCUUUUGCAACUCAAAUAUUUCCUCCUCUCGCUGACGGAGCUCCUGUUUCAA